AGGGGAGGAGCGCGGGGAGGAGUCUGCGAACUUUCCGUUGGAGGGCAUUGUGGGAAGCAGCUAUGGUCUGAGGCGGGCACCUCACCUGUCAGCCGCGCCCCGCUCCUGCGCUCGCCUCGCGCCCUCGUGACCACCGCGCUCGCCGCUCGCUGCUCGGCGGGCGGGGACGGCGGAGGCCCGGCCACCAUGAUACAUUUCAUAUUGCUUUUCAGUAGACAGGGGAAAUUGCGGCUGCAGAAAUGGUACACGACUCUCCCUGACAAAGAGAGGAAAAAGAUCACCCGGGAAAUUGUUCAGAUUAUUCUCUCUCGUGGUCAGAGAACAAGCAGUUUUGUUGACUGGAAGGAGCUAAAACUUGUUUAUAAAAGGUAUGCUAGUUUAUAUUUUUGCUGUGCUGUAGAAAAUCAGGACAAUGAGCUCUUGACUCUCGAGAUCGUGCACCGUUACGUGGAGUUGCUGGACAAAUACUUUGGAAAUGUCUGUGAGCUGGAUAUUAUCUUUAAUUUUGAAAAGGCUUAUUUUAUCCUUGAUGAGUUUAUAAUGGGCGGAGAAAUUCAGGAAACGUCCAAAAAAUCUGCUGUCAAGGCCAUUGAAGAUUCUGACAUGUUACAGGAGGUGGACUUCAUCUCCCAGUCCCUCCUCAGCUGUCAUUUCUCCAUGGUGAAAUGACGGCCAGUGGAAUGUGGGUUGAUCUCACAGAACCUCCACGCUGCAGGUCUGGCUCAUAAAACAUUUCCACCCAUGACCCUUCAUUUUCGGUCUUUCCCUGUUAUGGCUGUAGGAAAAUACUCCAGGAUCCAGAGAAGGUAGAGUCAUGAGGUGGAAGGAGCCUAAAAAAGGCUGUCAGGAGGGCUAACUAGGUAGAACAGGCACAUGGGACCUUUCCAUGUGACCGAAAGAAACAAUUGUGAACUGAACUUCCAUGGUUGAUUUGUUUCAGCCACGAGCCCAAACUAACACGUGGAACGAUCAUGGGCUACCAUCAGCAGCAUCAAGAUGGGGUAAUCAAGUUUAUUUUCAGAUAAUGGAAAAACAUAGCCCCUUUUAGAGCUAAUACAAGCAACUAAUUAUCUAGAGGAGGGUGGAUAAUAAAUCUGAUUGGGAGAGUAGGCUGCUGAGAAGUAGAAAGAUGUUGAUGUUACCACCCACACAUUGUGCCGGUUUUCUAGAAGGUCAAACCGGGUCCCUCCCAAAGGGUACCCUGAACCUGCAUAUAGAUUUUGUUUGUUUGGCUCUUACUGGGUAAGAAAAUCCAAUCAAUUGAGUAAUUUCACAUGAAAAUUAGAUUUUUUUUUUUUUUUUUUUUUUGCUUUGCUUGGAUAAUUGCAAGUACUUUGGGCUUGUAGCUCUGGAGAAUCACUGGGAGCUGGAGGGCAUGCACUGCUGCUUUUUGUGGUCCUCACGUUAUACCUGCCCCCUUCACUGAGUUGCAGACUCAGCCAGCUUGAAGAGGGGGUGGGGAUUUUCAUUUUGACCCCCGUGCUACAUUUUACUCUGCUUCUGUGGUUGCUGAUGCAGCUUCUUAGUCUGACUUCUGAGACCUUUCAUAAUCUGACCCCUUCUGGAUCUUUAAAUCUCCUGUGCCACAUUCCUUCACAGGUCAUCGUGUUACUCUCUUCUUUGCUGGUGCUGUUCCAUUUAUUCCUUUACCUGAAGCGCUGUUUGCUUCAGUUGUAUCCAGAUGCUUUAAUACACGGCCCGAGUGUCACUUCCUUCAUGGCCCUCCUCUCAUUCUGUCCUUUCUCCCUUUCUCUGCAAUCCCUUUGCGGUAGGUACAUGCUUCCCAGGACAUUCGUUGCUU